CCUCUUGAAUUUAGAAGUCUAACAGCGUUCACAUCAAUACUCAACUUAUUCUUUUGCUCACUGAGCAAUACAAUCUUUCCAUUUUCUUUCUUCUGUUUUCUUUUUCAAUUUAAUCCUCCCUACCCAAUAUCCCUUUGGUGCGUCCAUGGACCUAUGAAGCCGAGACUUCUGGUCGGCGGAGCUUAAUGGGCCCCACCACCACACUCCAUCAUUCACCCCAGUGUCUGGAGAUAUGUGGAUUUUGUAGAAAAAAAAAGAAAAAAAGCCUGAGUAGUUGCACUGGGUGCGUUAGGUUCAAAGUCUGAAGAGACUGUUGAACAGUCUCUGCUGGGAAGACGACUCGUACACCAUAGCUGGGAGCUGGGUAGAACAUUGCUGAUCACAAGCAAAGGUGCCUGGUUUCAAGUCCUUGCGGUAACAGUACAUUGUCUCUUCACACUUGUCCCUUUUCAUCCCCUGGAGCUUUUGGAUAAAGCUGAUAUUCUCACUGUGGUGAAACUCUACACGAUUAUCAAAUUUCUCACACCAUCCAUCUUUGGUGAGAAGAUGAUUGCCUUGAAGAUUGCGGAAACGGCAGCAAGACCAUGAGCACACACACACUAAACGCGUGAUCAAGUCUCACCUUUCCCUAGUUUCUCCUUCAGGUCACACAUGCAUCCAACCAAGCAAAAAAGUGUUCAUCGGGUAAUGAUAGAACUCAUCAUGCCCUGCCGAAUCCUCUAACCUGUUAUUCGCAUCUUGCCUCUGGCUAAACGUUCACACACUCCUGUCCAUCUCCGUUAUAAGCUUCCGCGCGGACAGUAUCGCUUCUUUUGAAAAACCUAGGUUGCCCUUUCCUGGUGAUGCGAAGGAAGAGAGUUCCCUCUCAUUCCUUUCUGAAAUCCUAUCCCCAUACUAGAGUCAUCAUAAUAAUCAGUAGCUUGGGUAGACGCUUCCAGAGCUGGAACGUAGCAGGAAGAAGCCUCCUCGUCAGGUUGCUGUCUAAAUGUCAAAAUACUGCCUGUACUGAUCAGCCGCCGGUCUCCGACUUGCCAAUGCAGUAGUUGGCCUGUAUUGAAAUACGCUCUUGCCGCUGCCAACCGCACGGCACAUUACCUUCCUGCUCUGACCCUGUACACGCUCGUUUGUUGAGACGUCUGACGACACCUGCUAACAGGCAAUGCGAGUAGGUAAGGUCUUUUGGAUUCCUCUUGGAGCACUAUACGGGCGUGCACUUGCUGUUGUGCCUGGUUGCAAUAGCGACGAGGCCAGUAUUCGAUUGAGUGGCCGCUAUGCGGUAAUCGAGCGAUGCUCAGUUACUUCCAGUCCCAGUGUGGAUUGACAACUAGAACAUUAUUCAGCGCUUGCCUAGUCACAUGGUCGCUGCAAGGUUCUAGCCAUGCUACUGAGCAGUUAUUGUACCUGCUCCGCGUACUGUAGUUCCGUCGAUACGUAACUACGCGACAAUGGUGUGUGCUUUAAAUCACUCGUGAGCUUCGCCAGUAGUACCGCAUCUACUUCAAGCGAUCCAGAGACACCCCCAGCGCUUGUACUUGUAGAGUUGCAGGUAUCCACUGAAAUAGCCCCCACUCAGCAGUGACACAUCCUUACAUAGGUAGCUGGCACAGACCGAUUGGCCCGACAGGACAGCAUGUAAAACUGAGAGGAGCCGAAUGCUGUGGUGUCAGUCCGUCUGCUACUGGUGUCGCUUUCGGUUUCACUUUCGCCCCAAGUGAGACACCACCAUCACAGCCUUGGCGUUGAACAAAACGCGAAGGCAUCAUAAGUACUCGACGAAUUGCCGCGGAUCACUCCCGGGGAUCCCUGCUUUCUUGCCUUGUCUCUUGCGCGGUGAAAGGUUGUCGGAGAACUGGUGGACAUGCAGUAACCUGCUAUGCUGGAUCGUGGUUGCUACAAGUAUGUAGAAGAAAUGAAGUUCGGAAUGGAUGUGCAGCAGCAGCAACACAAGUGCACGCUGAUCCAGUACGACUACGACUGCAGUCAAGACUACAUACUGUACUCGCUGAGUGAUGUCACUGUAUAGUCGCGUGUGGACAUCACCCGCUGUUGGCUGAACCACAGUGUAUUAGAGUGGAAGUGGCAGAUCGCCUCCCGUUCCUGUCUCAAGAAGGAGGCACCCCAGAAGUCCUUACAUUAAGGCGUUGUGCCAUUGGCGAGCUGUGAUGUUGGAGCGGCUAAUACUGAUCACUGCUUCCAUGUCGCAGGUCCGUUGCAUACACGGCGCCACAGCCUUCGUGCUGCUCGUUCACAUACAUGUAGCUUGGACGGUUUCCACAGCCGUUGACAGAAGUGUAUCGGAAGAAGCAGCCGCUCGUGGAGGUUCCCCUCAGAAACUCAUGCAACCUGCUGCAAUCCAGCGGCAUAUUGCUUCUGCAGCAGAACCUAGUGAAGCCAGCCUCAAGCUAAGUCCUAGCCUGGAUGAUUUGAUUCUUCUCGUAGCUCUAAGCAGUGCAGCACCAGCUCGAGAUCAAGCUUACUUGAAGCGCGCAGUAAGGCGUUCCAAAGCCGACGACACCUGGCAACGAAUGCUGAAGUUUUACACCGGGCACUCGGUCUUGCCACGUCGAAGUCGAAGUCGCAGGCGCAUGUCAGCAGCUGUCGCUUCACGCACCCAGAUCCAGCACCCGCAGCAGAGUGGCACAGCAUGGAGUGUGCCCAGGACGCGUAGGCAGUUUCACAGUCGAGCAGCACUCGCAACAAACAGCGCCAUUGGCGGAAAACUGCAGUGCACGCUGUCCUCACAUGCCGUGUUUGGUGAAGAUGUAUCGACCUUUGGACCAUUGCUGGGUUGCGUACAAGGCGUCAUAAGAUGCAUUGAGAAAAAGCGCGAUCAGUGUCUGAAUCGUGCAGUGACCUCGGGUGACUUAGCAAUGUACUGUCCCAGGCUGAGCGCAGAGGAGAAAGGCGACUGCGUCGAAUCAUUUCUGAGAACGAGAUGUUCCGCAUUUGCCAAUCAGUGCCUGAGAGACUGUCGAGGUAUUUCACGGUCUAGGAAUACUUAUAAUGAGGAGUGCAGAAUACGACACGACGGCCAAGUGUGUCACCGCUACACUAAGUUCCACCAGCAGCGCAUCAACACGCAGAGUAUCUGCGUGCCUCGUCGCUGCGACACACGCGUCGUGUCCGAGAGCCUGGCUCGGUAUUACGGACUGCUCAGACGCGAACACACAUCACAGUCUCGAUCCCUAACGGCUGAUGCUCUGGAUGAUUUGGUGGUUUGUGGCGGUAGACCGGGAAAUCCCCGACAUGCAUCAAGUGGCAACAGAGCAAUAGACAUUCACCAACACACAUCCUUAGGUCAUGGUUCCUUCUCCUCUACUCAGAACAACCCUGCUACCGUUUCAAAUUCGUCAGCAAGUCGAACCAAGCUGAGUCUACUUUGCUAUGUAGUGACAUUAGUAGUAUUAGCACUAUUUCGGCUGGUUGUACUGUGCUGAAACCUGUCUUCGGUGAUUUGCAGAAGCAUCAGAAUUGUUCACUAACACGAGAUGACUUGGCCAUGCAAUAUCCUAUCUGUAUGAUUUGGAAUCAUCUGCAGAGACAAAGGAAUUGGCCAAAAGAACAGGACUGCGGAUAUCCCAGGGCCAGUGUGUCUCCGCCUCAGCUGUCAGGUUCUGCUGCAUACACAAUAACAGUGUUUAUACAUCAUGAUGGCAAACUGGGGUUGUACAGCUCAUGCAAGUCGUCGUCGCAGCCAGAAGUAUGUGACGUGAUCAUGGUGACUGAUCAGAGAGCGGAGUAUCAAUGGAGAUGUUUUCUUCCAGUCAAGCCUACUGGUACUACACGCAUCAGCCUGCAGAGUGCCAAUUGACCAGCAAUGAAUGAAUGGUCAACUUCAAUCAACAGAACUAGGAGGAGUACAUGUAUUUCGAUUUAUAGUGUGAAAAUUUCUUGAUCACGUGGUCUUCACUAAGCCAUGGAGAAUAUUUGCUGGUUUUCAUUGCAGAAUCUUGAACAAUGUCUUAUUGAGUUGUCCAGUCUGCCUGUUCAUUUCCGACUUGAAACUGAGCUUGACAAUUGACAAAUUCAACAAGCCCCAUUUGGUGUUGAGGCGAAAAUUUAAUGAUGAUUUUUGAA